AAUGAUACGGUUAGCAAGACUAGUCAGCCCGAGUCUACACAGUUGUACAGCUCUCUCUAGACUCCAGAAUAGUUCCCCUGCUGUUGAACCCACCCUCAGCUACUGCAUAAGGCACGCUUCUGAAGAUGUUGGGGACGAUCAUGGUUCUGAAGAUGUUGUGGACGAUUAUAAUUCCGAGUAUAUCUCUCUUUUACCUGAAGGCACUAACAGAAAAUUAUUCAAUAAAAGCCCGGCUGAUAGAAUGCAAAAACAACGGUUCUUAGAUCUCAAGAAAGAUAUUAUUCAGUUAUCGAGAACAGCUGAUGAUCCAGAGAAGAUAACGUUUAGGUUUCAGCAGUAUAUCCUAGAGAAUCCGACGUCUCACUACAUCUCCCUGCAGUGCAUUCAACAAAUGUCUAUUGCUUUUGCUGCAAAAGGCGAUAUUGAGAGAUGUAGUGAAUUGUUGGAUCUGACAAAGAAGCUCCUAAAACAUAAGAAAUUGAACCCUAUUCUGGACAUGAACCAUGCCAGGAUUGUAUCUAAUUAUCUCUUCUCCUUUAUGAACUGUCCUGAUAGGGAGCGUGGGAAGAAGGAUGCAUUAGAGUUCUUCGAGAAAGUAAAAGAACAUCAACAGUCCCAACACCCGGUUAUAGUUGAAGGUCUCUCUAAAGUCCUUAUGAGCUUUGGGAUGGUUGACAAGAUGAAGGAACUGUUGAAACUAGCGCCCUCUUCGGAAAUCCAGUCCCCCUCCGGAGUGUUGCAACUGGCAGACUCUCUAAUACACCAGGACAGACACCAGGACGCUACUCUGCUGCUGGAGACACAUUCUGACUUUGUGGAUUUGAGUAAUCUCAACGCUGACCAUUACGCUUUACUGGCGAAGGUUCUGACUGGUCUUUAUAGAACACCUGGGUACAAACAAAUCUCCAGAUUUUGUAAACAACACCCUGAAUCUAUCAAGAACUUUACCCACUUUCCUGUACCGCUACCUAAAAAUACGGUACUUUGUAGAAACUACGAGAUAGUGCUUCAUGUUGCUGCUAAACGGAAAGUUUACAAGCUUUUUAGGAUAGUGGGAGGAAGGAACGGUUUAACCAGACAGUUACAGCACAUAUCGUGCUACGAGUACGUCCUCAUGACACAGUACAUAGUUCAGCUCUGUAAACAUUACAAUAUUCCUAUGGAUACUCCCUUCUGGAAUCAUCUCUUCUUCUCCUUCUUUCGCGCGGAAAGGAGAGGAACUAUAAAUUACUCGGAUGUUCGGGAGUUGGUGAGAACUCUGAGUUUUUAUCCGCUCACCUCUGAAAUGUGGUGCACUAUUGUCUAUCACGUGAGAGAUACACAUUUAGAGGGCGUCUUCCAGGACCUAAUUAACGUUGGAAUGAUGGACGACAAUAUUUACUCUAGUCUGAUGUCACGGACCCAUAAAGAUUCUGAUCUUUAUUCUCAACUAUCAAUGUUUAGUGAUCACUACUCUCAUGUUGAUCCCUCACAAGAAAAUAGGACUUGAAUAAAAAAUGAUUGUAUAAUAUGAGUUUUAGGUUUUUAAACUUUUUAUAAAACAUUUGUAGCUUAUAAAGUUAAAAUGGUAACUAUUAUUAGGAAGUUCGAUAAAAUAUUGAAUUCUGAUGCAUAUUUUAAACCUUCAAGGAUGAUGUAGUAGCAACCUUUAGCUUUAUAUUAAGGUCUAGUUCUAGGUUUCAGACUUCAGAGUCUAAACUGUGGACACAGCUGUUUCAAGCUGGCAUCAUGUUAUGCUAAAGUUGUUCCAAGACCAUCUCUACAUUCUCUAAACAUGGUGACUCGUUAGCCUUUUCUCACAGUGACACUUGUAGCGAUCAUGAACUGGUUGUUGCCCAGGACCACACUCUCCACUCUCUUUAUCUCGUGCAAUAGAGUCGUCAAUAUCACCAGAACAAGAAGUGUCAUCUUCGGUUGUUCACAAAAAAUCAAAAUAUAGUUAUUGAAACGUUGAAUUUUACCUCAAAAGUACAUUUUCCCUUUGUCGCAUAAUACAUUCAACACUAAGUCCCCAUUCAUCGUAGUCCGAUAGUUUCAAUGCAUCCUAAUAUACAGGAAUUAUCAGAAAUUUUCAUCCGAAACAUCACAAUUACAAUGCGACUCAUAAAUGAUGUUCCUCUCCGGAUAUUACAUGAUCAACUGAGAGAUAAGUGAAAUACUGUUCCAGUAUUCCUUAUCUCAACAACCUUGUUUUAUCAGUAAAACCAGUUAUGAAGGUGUCCCAGAUUUAGUGGUUUAACCGGUUUUAGUGGCUUAUCAUGCACCAAAAUGAUAUCGGUAUCGUUUUACUGCAUUCCCGUAAAACCGGUUUUGAGUCAGUACAUACUCUCUAUUUUCAGUACAUACGACAUACGGUGCAUGCUCUAAGUGUGUUUAUCGAAAGACGGCAAAAGUUGGCUAGUUGGCGCUAGUUAUCGGACAUUUUUAGUCUGCCCUAGCUAGUGUUAAAUAUCGCUAAAUAGCGCUAACGAGCGCUAAAUCAGCGCUAGUAAUCGCUAGUUAUUGCGUUUAGACUAUCGCAAAAGAACCAAUGAAUCGCUCUGAAUUAAGUAAUUAUUAGUAUCUACUGUUUUACCCAGUUCACAAUUUAUUUUUAGUUGUAACCAAGUUG